AUGAAGGCCUUUCUUUUUAUUUUUAUAAUUUCAUUUUUGUCUAUUGUCGACGGACAGCGGUGUCAGGGGAAUUUCAAUGAAGCGAUCACUGGGCAAUGUUCAACUAUUGACAACUGUAAUGGAACAGUAUUAGAUGUUGCGUCGUGUGAACGACAACGUUGUUGCGUUGUCGUGGAAGGAACACUACCACCGCCUUCGCCCAUAUGUAUUACUGCAGAUAAUUUCGAUAUCUUAUACAAUACAUCCCGUGCUACGUACCUUCGAGCAUUCCUAAACCAUGGAAUCAAUGAAGCGGGUAUUUGUAACAAUUGCCAGGCAAAAGCUGCUUUCCUGGCCAUAGCAGCCACAAUGACAGACAAUUUUCAAAAAGAUGAAGCAACGGGUACUAAUGCAGACUUUGCUCGUGAUGACAGAAAGUAUGGAAAUUCACAACCAGGCGACGGAUCGAUGUUUCGUCGACGAGGUUUCUUUGGCCUUCGAGGAAGAAAAAUGUAUGAACGAUUGCAAAAAUCGAUGCCACAAUAUCAAACUCUAACUAAUCCAGAAUCAGCAGCGAUAACACGAAAUGCAAUUGAAAUUGCUGCCAAACUAUGGAAAAUUCCAGAUUUGGAAAGAGAACCAGCGUUAACGCGAUAUGCUGACGGUACAUUUUUUGGUUUUUCAAUAAUAUGGUAUAAAUUAGUUGAGAGUAUUGAACAACUGUCUGAUGCAACCAAACAAUAUUCGAAAUUCCUUCGUCAACUGCAGUGUGGCGGUGAUUUGUAUCCGGGCCAAGGAUCGACUUGUCGGUAUAAUGCUACACAUAAUGGCACAUGUACGCCAGAUUGUAUAAAAGGUCUAGAAGAUUUAGGUGAAUAUUGCGGUUGCAUUAAUGGAAAGGGACCACAAUGUCCAAACAGUCCCGUCCAUAUUCGAUGUUGUUUGGUUACAUGUUCACAAGAACUAAAAAUGGAUUUGGGAUUUGUUCUGGAUGCUAGUGGUAGUGUUCUCCUUGCCAAUUAUCAAUUACAGCUAAAUUUCACAAAAAAUUUACUUCGCCAAGUUAACGUUGGCCGAAAUAAAACACAUGUUGGUAUUAUAAACUUCUCUGAUACGUAUCAAAAUGUGACAUGGUUAAAUAGUGAUUAUAAUCUAGAACAAAAACUUGAAAAAGUUGGCAAAGCCACAUACUUCAACGGUGCUACAAACACGGCUCUUGCACUUCAGCAAACAAACAAGGUUUUCUCAUUUGAAAAUGGUCUUCGACAACCAGAAGAAGGUGCACCCCGAGUGGUAUUUGUAAUCACUGAUGGAAGAAGUGAUAAUCGAACUGCUACAAUUCAAGCUGCUAGUGCUUUGAAAGAAAAAGAAAUUAAUUUGAUUAGCGUCGGAGUUGGCACAGAACUUGAUCUUGUUGAGUUAUAUGCUGUUUGUACACCACCAGCAAGUGAAAAUUAUUUUGCAAUGGCAAAUUAUGCAGCCCUUGAACAAAAAUUAAGCCAGUUCACGUCGAAAUCAUGUUCCGAACCGGCGAUUGUCAAUAACAACACGACGGUCACCAGUGAAAUCGGUAAAGACAGAUAUAAAUUUCUGAAAAUUGAAAUCGUAGCGAUUGGUAACAAAAUCCUGGUUACUGUUAAAUUGUUCAAUGGUAAGGUGAAAUUGUUUUAUUCAUUCACUAGUCGUAACCCAAAAGAUCCAGCUGAUUUUGAUGAUUACGAGGUAAAAACAAGCGCUGAUGAUCAGUCACUUUGGAUGAGGUUAAAAUCACAUUUUCGAACAGUAUCUAAGAUAACAAAAGCUGCAGAUGACGAAGUGAUCUUGGUCAUUGAUAAACCAGAUACAGCAGUGGAAUUUGUUUACGUUGGUGUCAAAGGUGUGGAAGACGACAACAAGUUUGAAGUUAAAUUCGAUGAUUGUGAAAAUGUUGUUUGUCCAAAAUCAUCGUCGUCGACAAUGAAACUGAACAUCGUGUUGCUGUUCAUGUCUGCUCUGUUUUUCUCGUCGAAAGUUAUUCAAUAA